UACAACAUAUUUGUUGUGUCCUGCGUCCGUGGGGACAAUGGAGGCAAUUCGGUGGAAAUAUUCCAGCCAAUGUGGGAAACUGUUUUCCGUGGGCUGCAAAGUCGGGACGCUGAGUGUGGGUACCGUGUUUUCCUCAUGGCGACAUUUCACGUGGACCAGAAUUUGCGCUAUCCAGAGGAGCCAAAGAAAGGAGACGUGGUCAUCCUGGUUGGACAUGAAAGCAGUACAAAGUUCAAGGAGCAGUGUGCUACAAUUUUUUCACAGAGGCAGGUGUACUGCAUCUGGUAUUUCAGCGAACACGACAUCCAGGGGAAACUAAACUUUACCUUCCCUGGCCUUUGUGAGAUCUGGGAAUACACCCGAGCAAACUCGCCAUUUGCACGCGUGGUGCGAUACAUACCCGCUGGCUUCCUGCCGGUGGAAUCUACUGUGGAGGGAAACGACGCGAUGGUCGCUGAGAAUGUAGAGCAUUGGAAAAACCUCUCUGCGAAGGACAUGAAACUGAACCUGCAGUUUGUUGGAAGCCUGAGUUCUGCUCGAAUACUCUGCUGGGAGCACCUCAAGACAGUAAAGCUCUUCCACACGCUCAUGAAUGUCAACGUAUGGGGAAGGGACCAUUAUCGGGCAUUAGGUAGGCAAAAAGACACAGUUUUUCUCAAUAUGCACAGGCAUUGCAACAACGGCAGCAUGUAUCCACCUGGUGUUACUCCACCUCUGGAGACGGUUCGGCUGUCUCUUAUGUUGAGCGUCGGUGCCGUCGUAAUAUCUGAGCAGACCAAUGACGCAGAUGCCGCGGUGUUUGACGGCGUUGUUUUGUUUGAGCCGCAGCUUUCUCAACCCAGCAACACGUGGGCUACGAACCUGCAAAAGCUGCUUGCAGACCCUCAGGAAAUUGCACGCUGGCAGUUGCAAGCCUACAACCGUUUUAAGACAAAGUUCAGCCCAAAGCAGAUAAUGCUGGAUGCAAAUGUCUGGGACGGAGGCUUCUCGGCGCACGGGGCAUGCAGAUGA